CUCGACUCCGUCUCCCCUCAUCCCUAUCGACUCUCCGGCCAGCCUCCUCCUCCAUCGGGUUCAUCUCCACCGCCACUCUCAGUCGCCGUCAAACCCCCUCCGCCAUCGGGGUUCGAAGCCCCAUCAUCAUAUCUCUACGAACCACUCUUCAUCAACGCCGUCAAUAUUCCCCAUGCCUUAAUCGAUCUCUUCCUCUCACUCCCUCUGGCGAUUUCUCGCCCCAGAUCUAUCGAUCUCUGCCUCUCAGCUCUCUUCAUGUGACAGCGGUCUCCGUCUGACCUCGUCGUCGAAGAACUCACAGCUCGCAUUGUUCCGCCCCAAAUUCGAUGGAAGUUGUCAUUAUACCAUUGAUUGAAUACUUGAAGAUGCUUAUGAUGGGAAAAGGCCAUGGAUGCAGUUUCUCUGGAAUGGUUUCCAUCAGUACCUUUUCAUGUACCAUUGUUAUUACGUUGAUCUUGGUUCGUAUUCUUUAUGUUAUAUUAUGGGGUGGUAGACCAUAUAGUCGACGAGCUACAAGACCUCUUAGCACCCUAAUUGUUUUAGGAUCAGGUGGUCAUACGGCUGAGAUGCUUAAUCUCCUGGGAGUGCUACAGAAAGAUAGGUUUACCCCAAGAUUCUAUAUUGCUGCUGCCACAGAUAAUAUGAGUCUUCAAAAAGCUCAGUUGCUGGAGAACAACCUUGCAGCUGAGAAUGGAACCAGGGUUCCCGAUACUGCUCAGUUCAUGCAGAUAUAUCGGAGCAGGGAAGUUGGUCAAUCAUAUAUAACCUCAAUUUGGACAACUUUGAUUGCAAUGAUGCAUGCAUCGUGGCUAAUGAUUAAAACUAGGCCCCAAGUGAUUCUUUGCAAUGGACCUGGAACUUGCAUUCCCAUCUGUGCAAUCGCAUUCUUAUUUAAGGUAUUGGGGAUCCGGUGGUCAUCAAUUUUCUAUGUUGAGAGUAUUGCAAGAGUUAGAAGACUUUCCUUAAGUGGCCUGCUCCUGUACAAGUUCCGGGUGGCUGAUCAGCUUUUUGUUCAAUGGCCUCAGUUGCAAAGAAAAUAUCCACGAGCUACAUAUGUUGGUCGUCUGAUGUAGUUUAUUAGUUCCUGAUGCCAUUUAAUCCAGCAUUUUUGUUUUGUUUCUUCCAAUUACAUUGCAAUUAUUGGCCAAAAAGUUGUAUUUCGAUUACAAUGAUAUAUAUUGUUUGAAAACUUGUGUAUGUUGUUCCUGCUAUAGCUGCAAGUUACGUUAUGAAAAAACUAAGGAUGAAGAGAUGGUAGAAAUGACAAUCAGCUCGCAUUAGGUAAAAAUGUGAGAAUGGAGAGGCAAAGACUAGUCUGAGCUAGGCUGAGUUGUGAGCUGGCAUAAGGCUGUUAUGGAGGGCGUCUUUCUGGAGGGAGGUCUGAGUAUAUGCAUAUUCUGAUGAAUUUGGUGCAAGAACUAACUCCUUACUCGAAGAAGAUAAUUUACUU